AUGAAAAAACCCUCAAAGAAGCAACCAAAAAGCUCUGCUUCCGAAAAAUCACCUAUUAAUACUUUAAGUAAUGAUAAAAAAGGAUUGGCAAGUAGUAAAAAUACUUCAAAAAAACCUAUUAAUAAGAUCAUAAAGAAAGAAAUAAUGAAAAGAGAUACGGUGAAAACUGAAAAUAAUGAAAUUGUUACUUUAUCCGAGGAAAUAUCUAGUAAUGGACAAGAUAUAAAAUUUAAUAAAAAUUCUGAUGAAGUCGAAGAGAAAUCAUCAUCUGUUUCAAAAAAGAGAAAAAGAUCUGAUACCGGACAUAUUAAUCACACCAACAGUAAACUUGAUCCGGAAUACAGAUUAGAUAUCAAGAAAAAGUGGGAAAUCGCUCGUCGAAUAAACAUAUCACCUGAAGAACGAAAUAAAUCUAUCAACAGUCUAUUUGAACUCGUUCGUGGAAAUGUGCCUGGACUUCUCUUUAAAAAUGAUACUUCUCGUGUUAUAGAAACUUGCCUAAAAUAUGGUUCCAAAGAGCAGAGAAAUAUAAUAGCAAGUGAACUGGAAGGUCGUUUACUUGAAGCUUCAAAAAAUAAGUAUGCAAAAUAUAUUGUGUGUAAACUUAUGAAAUUUUGUCCAGAAUAUAGGAGUAAAAUGUUGACCGAGUUUAAAGGUCAAGUUAAAAAAUUAUUUCUUCACACGGAGGCACGUAAUGUUCUUCUUGAGGUUUAUGAGCUUUCUAACGCAAAUCAGCGAUCGUCCUUAUUGCAAGAAUUUUAUGGUCCAGAGUUCACUCUAUUCAAGAGAACUGAAAAUUUAAAUAUUAAAGACCUUAUCGCCGAAGAUCCUUCGAAAAAAGAUAGAAUUCUUAAAAAUCUCUUUCAGACUAUUCAACAUAUAAUAAAUAAGCAAGAAUCAUUCAAUUAUAUAAUUAUGCACCGAAUUCUGUUAGAAUAUUUUACUUAUGCGGAUGAUCAUAAGAUAAAAGAAGUAAUAGAAGCCAUUUGUGAACAUAUUCCCUUGUUUUUGCACACCUAUGAAGGUUCACAAGUAGCAAUGCUAUGUUUCUCUUAUGGCUCUGUAAAGGGACGUAAAGUUAUGCUGAAAUCCUUGAAAGAAUAUAUUACAAAAAUAUGCAAGGAAGAAUAUGGAUACUUGGUGUUGUUGAGAGCAUUGGAUGUUGUUGAUGACACU